GAAAGAUCCCUUCGCUUUGAAAACAGAGGAAAAAACAGAGCAGUUCUCAUUGAUGGAAAUUUUGUUCUGAAUACUCUGUUUCUAUUCCUCUGUUUACUGAUCCAAAAGUGAAGCUACGAACCAUAGCUCUGCUUCUGUAAAGGGAAAGCUAUUCUUCUCUCUCAUCGCCAUUGGCAGCCAUUGUUGAUCUUCUCUGAGCUUUUUUAAAAUCUAGGCUACUUUUUAGAGAGAGAAAAACAGAGUACCCAUUGGAGGAUUUCGCCAUUUUCUUGAAUUCCAGAAGGAUCGUCAUUUUUCUUGUGGGUUUCCUUCUUUCUCUCUCUAAACAUGGGGAAAGCUACCAGAUGGUUGAAGGGUCUGUUGGGAAUCAAGAAAGACAAAGACCCAUCUGGGAAUUCCGAUUCAAAACCAACGCCGGUGGUUUCCGACAGAAAGGAGAAGAAAAGAUGGAGUUUUGCGAAGUCCGGUAGAGAUUCCGGCCAAACGCCGCCGCCAACUGUGGCUGUAGAUUCGGCUUGGUUCAGUUCUUACAUUUCUGAUUCGGAGAAAGAGCAGAACAAGCACGCAAUUGCAGUGGCGGCUGCUACUGCUGCUGCUGCUGAUGCUGCCGUCGCCGCGGCUCAGGCGGCGGUCGCCGUUGUCCGGCUGACAAGCCAAAGAAGAGGUCCUCUGUAUACUACUGGAAGAGAUAGAUGGGCUGCUGUCAAGAUUCAAACAGUCUUUAAAGGCUAUUUGGCUCGAAAAGCUCUACGAGCUCUCAAGGGACUCGUUAAGUUGCAGGCUGUCGUUCGAGGAUUUCUCGUCCGAAAACGAGCUGCUGCAACUCUUCACAGUAUGCAGGCACUUUUUAGAGCUCAAACUGCCCUUAGAACUCAAAGAGCUCGUCGAUCUUUCAAUAAAGAAAAUAGGUUUAUUCCCGAGAUUCGGCCUCGGAAAUCUGCGGAACGUUUGGAUGAAACAAGAAGUGAAUUUCAUAGUAAGAGAUUGUCUAUAGCAUCAUCUUAUGAAACCUCCAUCAACUCAUUGGACGAGAGCCCAAAAAUCGUCGAAAUCGACACUUACCGAACCCGAUCAAAGUCUCGUAGGUACAUCUCUACAUUGUCCGAAUAUGGAGGAGACGAAGCAGCACCUCUUCAAGCAAUCACUUCGCCAUUGCCAUAUUCGAAUCGACCUCGCACUUUUACGCUUGAUUGUCACAAUGUGCAUCGAGAUUUCGAAUGGUGCUUGAUGGGCGAAGACUGCAAGUUCCCUACAGCUCACAGCACGCCUCGGCUAUCGAAUUCAUUCGCCUCAACGAACAUGUCAGUUACCCCAUCAAAGAGUGUCUGCGGCGACAGCUUCUUUAGGCCUUACAUGAACUGCCCGAAUUAUAUGGCGAACACUCAAUCGUUUAAGGCGAAAUUGAGGUCUCAAAGUGCCCCAAAACAAAGGCCAGAGCCAGGAUCCAAGAAGAAGCUGUCGUUGAAUGAAAUAAUGGCAGCAAGAAACAGCUUAAGCAGUGUAAGAAUGCAGAGACCAAGCAACCAAACUCUGCAAGAACAUGAAGAACAUGAAGAACAGGAUGAAGAUGAAGAAACAUCAUAUGAUUUUUGAGUGAUCUGUUCUUGUUUUUUUUUUUUUUUUUUUUUUUUUUGUUU